GACCUUGGGCAAGUCACUUUCAACGCUCGCACUGGUCAUCUGCACCAUUAAGGUGCGAAGGUAAAGCAUGGUUCUGAGGCACAGGGCGGAGUCGACUGCUGACUCCGCGGGCCCUAAAGUGAAAGCGCAUGAAGACAGUAGAGAACGAUGCCCAAGGCAGUGGAGCCCCCCGGGGCACAGCCCUGGAGUCAAGCCACUCCGACAGGCGUCGCCCGCCGGGAAUCCCCGGACAGCUGUCCCUCGCAGGGCGCCCGGGAGCAGCGCGCGACCGUCCUUUCCAGCAGAGCCCCCGACCAGCUCGUCGGCGACCCCGAUCGCCGCCCGCCUCCCCGCCCUCCCCCGCAGGACGCCGCGGAGGGCUGAGGUCAGGAAAACAAUAAAAAGGAGUCGCGGGAAGAGGACGCCGCCCCCUCCCGCCGCCCCGGAGCCCGCGAGCAGUGAUUUCAGCUGCUGAACUUGAAGAAUGUUC